AGGGGCCUGCGAGCCGGCGACGAGGCUGCCAACCGCUCGUCCCGCCGAGUCCUGUGCGAGUGUCACCGCUGCCUGGCAGAGACGCCUGGCACAAAUAUAAGUAACUAGGACAUAAUUACGGAGGAGUCCAGAGAAAUGGCCUUUUGCCCAGUUUCCUUGUGACGUGCAGGUCACGUAAUUGACCUGUGGCACUGAGCUUGUUAAGUGUUGUUUAAAAUGCUUUUAGGUCAUGUGUAGAUCCGUUCGUUGAAUGCGAGUUAGAACUGUUCAGGUUUCCUUAUUGUUGGUUGGCAACAGGCGUAGACAAGUAGAGUAACUUGCCCAAGACCUCAGAGCUCUUAAACAGCAAAGCCUGGACUUGAACCCAGGCAGAGCUCUAUCCACUCUUCCACUCCCUCCCAAUCCUAUUGCUGGACAAAUGUGCACUGUGCAUCUAUCUUGUAAAAAGAUCAAGCCAGCCCAGAGCAGGGAUACCAAGGUUAAGAAACCUCCUGGCUGGAAGCACAGCGGGCACGAGCACAGGGGUCCUCAGAAGAGCAGGGCUCUCUUCCCUGUGUUCUCCUGCAUCUUCUCUGUGGGCAGGCCCUUCAGCAGCAUCCCUUCUUCCCUCUCAUUCUGGUUCAUCCCUACAGAUGGUUCUACCCACCCAGGCAACCCAGACUGUGAGGAGUCCGGUGAAAGCAGCAGUAGUGGUGGCUCCGAGCUGGAGCCUUCUGGCCACCAGCUCUUCUGCUUAGAAUACGAGUCGGACAAUGGAGAGGUCACAUCAGUUAUCGUGUAUCAGGAAUCACAUGACCAAGAAGCCAUAGGCACCCACCCCAAGUUUCCCCAGGAGUUGGAGUGAGGUAGAAGUGAGGACCUGCUGAGUGAAGGGCUCCUCCACCUUCUCGGAGCCAGCAGAGCCCGGCAGGUUGCACUGGCUGCUUCGAGGUGCCAGGUGUGAAAAGGCCUUGGUUAUGUUUUCUGGCUCCCAGUGUGUCUGCUGUUGUGGGUAAAUAAAACAGUGUAUUUGAAAGUCCCAGAUGGGAGACACUUUUCAAAAGCAGUAUUUUGUUAAACCAAUAAACUAUGUUUACAACACUG